AAUCUUGCAUAACAAAAGGACACUCUGUGACUUCUCCGUUUCCUCUCUGCAAACCCACGCUCAGAGAGAGAGAGAGAGACAGACAGAGAGAGAGCUUGGCCAAGAAGUAAACAUGGUUCAAAGCUCAACAGGAAGAAACUGGUUCGCUUCGUCUAUUAUUCUCUUCUUCGCUCUGUUUGCUAGUGCUAUACUAGGAGAAGAUGGACUGGUGACCAACGGUGAUUUUGAAACGGCACCAUCCAACGGUUUCCCUAGCGGCGCUUUAGCGGAUGGGCCCAACGAAAUCCCCAGCUGGAAAGUAAGCGGCGCCGUAGAGCUCGUAUCUUCGGGGCAAAAACAGGGUGGGAUGAUCCUCAUUGUACCCGGUGGUACACAUGCAGUGAGAUUGGGCAACGACGCAGAGAUAAGCCAAGAGUUGACGGUGGAGAAAGGGUCUAUUUACUCGGUGACGUUCAGUGCGGCUCGCACGUGCGCUCAGCUGGAGUCGCUAAACAUCUCAGUGCCACCUGCAUCACAGACCAUAGACUUGCAAACAUUGUAUAAUGUGCAAGGGUGGGACCCAUACGCGUGGGCUUUUGAAGCAGAGGAGGAUAAGGUGAAUUUGGUUUUUAGGAAUUUGGGCAUGGAGGAUGACCCCGCUUGUGGGCCCAUUAUUGAUGACAUUGCCAUCAAAAAGCUUUUGGCUCCCGAUAAACCCAAAGACGAUGCAGUACUAAACGGUGACUUUGAGGAAGGUCCGUGGAUGUUUAGAAACGUUUCACUAGGGGUGUUACUACCCACCAACCUGGAUGAGGAAAUAACUUCUUUACCUGGUUGGACUGUCGAAUCCAACAGGGCUGUUCGCUACAUCGACUCCUACCACUUCUCAGUUCCAGGAGGCAAACGCGCCAUUGAAUUGCUCUCAGGAAAAGAAGGCAUAAUUUCCCAAAUGGUUGAAACAACGCCAAACAAGGCGUACACCAUGACAGUAUCACUGGGCCAUGCUGGGGACAAAUGCAAGCAGCCCAUGGCAAUUAUGGCCUUCGCUGGAGAUCAGGCCCAAAACGUCCAUUAUACUCCCAAUUCUAAUUCCACCUUUCAAACUGCUAAUUUGAACUUCACUGCCAAGGCCGAUAGAACCAGGAUUGCAUUCUACAGUGUUUACUACAAUACCAGGACAGAUGAUAUGAGCUCCCUAUGUGGGCCCGUGGUGGAUGACGUUCGGGUUUGCAUUUCGGGUGCGAGGAGGAUUGGUUCUGGCGGGGUCGGGCUUGCGUUUUGGGUGUUUGUUUUGGUUUUGGUUUUAGUUUAGAGGUUGGUUUGGUAGGAUAAUGUGUUUUACGUAUGCUAUCUUGUGAGCUUUACUUUAGAGUUUUGGUAUUAGAAAUGAGAAUGUUCUGUUAUCUUUCUAUCUUAAAUUGCAAUUAAUCAAAAGAUCUGUAAAUUAUUUAUUUA